AGCACCCGCCCAGAGGGCAAGCUGGAAGUCCUCCCCCCCCCAUGUCGUGGCCGUCUCGUCUCCGGCCAUGCUGGAUCGAGCUCCUCUGGCCCGCGCCGCCGGGGGCCGUUCAGAAGGCCAAUGGGCGAAGAGAGGCGCACCGAUCCCGAAGACGGCGCCGCGUAUACCUUUGCAGAGAUCUCCGCCUUCUACCGGGGCAGGUACGGGGCGCGGGAGAUCGAGGCCUACUGGAGGGAUGCCUGCACGCCGGCCGCGAGGCCCAGGGCAAGGGGCCGGCGCCGAGGCACGGGGUGGGCCCCGCGGGGCGGCGGCGCCCAGGCGCAGAAAAGCGGCAGGCCACGGUCACCAUCGAGGUGCCCCAGGGCUCCUCCCUGCGGGUGGACGGCGCCGCGGCUGCGCGCCUCGGCCCGCUGGUCCUGCAGGCAUUCUACGGGGCCGCGGACCACAUCUGGAGGCCCGGGCGGGAGGCGGAGCGCGUGUUCCUGACGUCGGCCGGCCGGGAGGUGACGGCGGAGGUGCGGGACCUGCUGCCGAGCGGGGCCGUGCUGGCCGACGACACCAGCUUCGGUGACCCCGCGAGCGGCAGAGAGAAGACGCUCGUCGUAUGCGCGCUCCUCGCCUUCGAGGGCCAGUACAGCAUCGAUGCGAACGAGGGCAGCGGUGCACCUCCUGGCGACGACGAGCUUGGAUUGCCCGAUGGCUUCAACGUGCCGCCAGCGAGACCAUCGCAUCAGAUUCUGCGCCCAGACGCGGACCCAAGGUUGGACAAGUCGCUGUUCGUGCGCUACGAUCCGCCCGCCUGUCUCAAGACGGGCGCCAUCGUGGUUGUCCUCCCGGGCGGCAACUACGACGAGUCGGAUAUACACGGCGGCGAGGGCCAGCCGAUCGCGAUCUGGCUGACCACGCUGGGCAUCACCGCGGUCGUCCUGCAGUACCGCUGCGUCUCCCAGGGCCACUUCUGGCCCUCCCAGCUCGAGGACUGGACGGCAUGCGCCCGGGCGGUCGCGCGCCAGGCCGCAGCCUGGGGCUGCGACCCGGCGCGCGUCGGCGCGCUGGGCUUCUCCGCCGGCGGCCACCUGGCCGGCUACGCGGCGCUGCGCGGGGAGGCGGGCGCCAGGCCGGGGCUGCAGAUCCUCAUCUACCCCGCGGUGGACACCCUCACCCCGCGGAGCGGCUUCAUGAGCCCCUGGCGCGCGGACCAGGGCUACCCGCCGGUGGAGGCCUCGCUGCACCUCGCCGCGGCCGCCGGGGCGCCGCCGGCUUUCCUGGCCGGCAUCGUGGGCGACGAGUGCUGCCCGGCCGCGGAGAACACGGACCUCUACGCCGAGGCGUUAGGCAGGGUGGGGGUGCCGUGCGAGCACGUCAGGCACGAUGACCCCGACGAGGAGCACGGCUGUGGCCUGAAGGAGUGGUGGUCGAAGCCCUGCGAGGACUGGCUGCGGCAUCGCGGCUGGGCGUGCGCAGUGUGACCACCGCGGCGGGGGCCAGACCGAUAUCCGCGGGCAGCAUGUCGGCGAAGUGCCUGGCGUGCUCUUGCGGAGGAGAGGAGUCAGGGGGCCCCCAAGCGGUCCAGUGACCACACCGUCUAGUGAGUCAA